CUAAAUAUUGGUGGCCACACAAAUUUUACACCGAUUCCAAACAGCCUCUAAAGAAAACGAAAAAGAAAAACAGAGCGGAAGGCCAGCGAAGUCUUCGUUCCCCGCUAUCCCGCGGCCGGAAGGCCACCGCUGCUGUCGGUUGCCGACCCUGCUCGCCGGAGCACGUGAGCACGUCCAGCGAUAGACCCCACUCUUGCUCCACCGCUCCCGCUGUCCCGCAGCCGCGAUGCGCCGGGACCUCCUCGCUCGCCCGUGUCUUCUAGUCUGCUGCCGCUGUCGUUUGUAGAAGACCAGACGUGCGCAGCGCCAACCCUCAGUGCAGUCCAUCUCGUGGGCUGAUCCUUUCUUUCCCUGCCGCGGUAUAUCAAUCUGCCCGCGGCGAGGAGUGCGCGGGGAAGGCCGGCACGCACGCGCAUUGCUCUGCGCCCGCGGACUGUUCGACGGAAUUCCCAGCCGGGGCGCCUCACGGUGGUGGUUCGGUUGCCAUUGCCGAGGAUGCCCUUGCGGGUGUACGUGGGCAUGCUGGCACGCGGAGCCAGGCCUGAUGCGUACACGUUCCCGCCGUUGCUCAAGGCGAUGGCUGCGGAGCGGGGCGCUGUGCCGCCGUCCGUCGGACACUCUGUCCACGCGCAUGUUGUUAAGUUUGGGCUGGAGCUCAACGCCCACGUGGCUAGCUCGCUGGUACUCAUGUACGCGGCCAGGGGCGACGGCAUGACUGCGCGUGCUCUGCUGGAUGUGCAGCCCGCCAGAGGUGGGGGCACGCCCGUUGUGUGGAAUGCGCUUAUGUCCGGUCACAAGAGAAGCAGGCAGUUCAGGCUGUCAUGCUGCUCUUUCCUGGAUAUGGCGAGAGCUGGCGUUGUGGCCACUCCGGUCACCUACAUCACGGUGCUGUCAGCAUGUGGCAAAGGCAACGACGUCCUGCUCGGAAUGCAGCUGCACAAGCGCAUCAUUGAGAGUGGGGUGCUGCCUGACCUCAAGGUGGAGAAUGCGCUCGUUGAUAUGUACGCAGAGUGUGGCCAGAUGGAAGCAGCUUGGGAUUUGUUUGAGGGCAUGCAAGUGAGGAAUAUCGUGUCCUGGACGUCGGUAAUCUCUGGGUUUGUAAGACUACGCCAGGUUAAUCGGGCCAGAGCAGUGUUUGAUGGUAUGCCUGAGAGGGACACGGUCUCAUGGACCGCAAUGAUUGAUGGUUAUGUACAAACUGGUCAGUUCCGAGAGGCACUGGAGAUGUUUCGUGAGAUGCAGUUUAGCAAGGUGAAGGCAGACGAGUUCACCAUGGUCAGCAUAGUCACGGCGUGCGCGCAGCUUGGUGCUUUAGAGACAGGGGAAUGGGCUAGAAUCUACAUGAAUAGACAUGGGAUCAAGAUGGAUACUUUUGUCGGGAAUGCGCUCAUAGACAUGUAUUCAAAGUGUGGGAGUAUCAAGAGGGCAUUGGACGUGUUCAAUGAGAUGCACAGUAGAGAUAAAUUUACUUGGACCGCUGUUAUACUUGGUCUUGCAGUGAAUGGCCAUGGUGAGGAGGCUAUCCAUAUGUUUGACAGGAUGCUUAGGACGUUUGAAGCUCCAGACGAGGUGACCUUCAUUGGCGUCCUCACUGCCUGUACUCAUGCUGGCUUGGUUGACGAAGGACGAGACUUCUUUCUCAGCAUGACUGGGACCUACAGCAUUGCUCCGAAUGUGCUGCAUUAUGGAUGCAUAAUCGACCUCCUUGGCCGAGCUGGGAAACUAAGAGAAGCUUUGGAGACAAUAGGUAAAAUGCCCAUGAAACCCAGCUCUGCAAUUUGGGGGACCCUGCUGGCAGCUUGUAGGGUCCAUGGUAACUCAGAGAUAGGUGAAUUGGCAGCAGAACGUCUCCUUGAGUUGGAUCCAGAGAACAGCAUGGCUUACGUCCUUUUGUCCAAUCUGUAUGCAAAAUCUAAUAGAUGGGGAGAUGUCCGGUGGCUUAGGCAGGUAAUGAUGGAGAAAGGAAUCAAGAAAGAGCCUGGCUGCAGUCUUAUUGAAAUGAAUGGCACAAUUCACGAAUUUGUAGCUGGCGAUAGAUCUCAUCCGAUGAGCAAAGAAAUCUAUUCUAAAUUGGACAAGGUACUCACGGAUUUAAAGAAUGCUGGGUAUGUACCUGAUGUAACUGAGGUCUUUGUUCAAGUCACAGAAGAGGAAAAACAGAAAGUUCUGUAUUGGCACAGCGAAAAGUUGGCUGUCGCAUUUGCAUUACUCGUAUCAGAAUCCAGCAUGACAAUAAGGAUAGUGAAAAACUUGAGGAUGUGUUUGGACUGCCACAAUGCAAUUAAAUUGAUCACCAAUUUGUAUAUGCGAGAGGUUGUUGUGAGGGACAGGACACGCUUCCAUCAUUUUAGACAUGGACUCUGCUCUUGUAAGGAAUAUUGGUAACUCACCAAUCAUCAUGCACCGAUGAUGUAAAACAAGGUAAUAUCAGUUGUCCUAAAGUCUGAGUGAUCACUCAAUGAUCAACAAGCAUUUGUCAUUUCAAAUGAUUGACUGGCUGCAAAUCUGUACUUCAGAGGAUGAAGUGUCAAUUAAGACAAUAUUCACACAACAAUGGAAGCCGUACAUGUUAAGUUCUCAUUUGGGAUCAUCACCCAAACAUCUUGGUCUAAUCUUCUCUGUUGCUGAAUGAUGAUUGUUAUAUUGACAGUUUGGCACAACUUCUAUUAAAAGAAAGAAAGUUUCAGUGGGGAAAUUCUUUCAGUAACAAUACCUAACUUCUGGCCUGAAGCUGAUGGUCAUGGUGCAAUAGCGUUCUGCCAUUCACUUGUUAGCAAAUCUGGGUGUCUGCUGAAGUUUUACUGUUAGGUGUGUAGUGAAACCAGAGGGAGUACUAGUUGAAUGACUACUUGAAUGGUGAGGUCGUGGCUGCGGCAGGGAAGCUGGUCGUGGAUCGUAUUCAGUCAAGUUGAACACAGGCAAGAUGACAUCUGUGUUGGAAGAAGCACCAAGGCCAUCAACUUGGCCGGUGGUUACCACUUCUGAGUGAAGCGUGCUUGCCCGUCAGUUAUUAGGCUGUGGAGUCAGCUUAGCCAUGUGGAUGGAGCUUCUUGUGAGGUCUAAACCGUGAGAAAAGCAGAGGAUUUUGUCAUUGAGAUUUUGAAAGAAUAACUGUUAUUUUACACAAGUGAAGUUGACUGUUUUACUGCCGAAAAGGGUUCAAACAUGGCUGGUAGUCAUGAUAUUUGGUCAUGGGCAAAAAGGCAUUCCAAGGUGGAUUCAACUUUGAUUUUUUUUGAACGAUUCAACUUUGAAAUUGCUCCCCACUUUUGAACCAGGAGUCAUGAUAUUUGGUCAAUUAUGGCCUUAGGCUAUGACUACAGUUAUUUUUUAAGGCAUCGUCUCUAGAGCCUUUUUUGGUAAACAGAUUGUAUAUUUGUAUUCAUACUAAGAAGGGCCAAAUACAAUGCGCAUCUACAACAA